UGUGAUCGUAUUAUCAGCCUACAGGAUGAUUCCAUCUCCGAGGCUCAAGCCAUCCAUCAUUCGUUCUUAGAUGCAUCCAAAAUGUUCCAACAGCACGGAUUCGGCAACUCAUUUCGUUUGUCUUCUCUAUUUCACAACCUGGCCACGUUGCUCGAUUUGCAUAUCGAUGACAACUCACAAGGCUCGGUUGUGUGGAGUAACGAUCUAGUGGGAAAUACUUUGCAUUGUGCCUCGACUCACGCGCUCCGUGAACUGAAAUAUCGUGCCCACAUCGCUGUUCCUGGAUCGUACACGUUACUUGGGGUGUCAGAUGAAUGGGGGUGUCUUCGAGAAGGGGAAAUUUAUGCCACCGUUCAGGAUGAACGUACUGGCUUGUAUAAACCUAUUGAGGGUCCUGUGGUAAUUACCCGAAGCCCCCAGGUCCAUCCAGGUGACUUGCAGUUUGUGACAGCCGUUCGGCGUCCAGAGUUGAGCCAUUUGACAAAUGUGGUGGUAUUUUCAUGCGAAGGAGAUCGAUCGUUGGCAUCUUGUCUUGCAGGUGGUGACUUAGAUGGCGAUGAUUUCAACCUCAUACUUGAUGAAGCACUUUUUCCUGAAAAAGUUGCCAUGCCAGGAGCCUACGAUAGCUUACCCAUCAAGCAGACAACAUCUCCUUGUGGGAUAUCAGACGUAGUUGACUUUGUAAUGAAUUACAUCGAGUCGGAUCUCAUAGGCUAUAUAUCAAUUUUGCAUCUACGCUUUGCAGAUAUAAAGGACCCAGGAUGCAAUGAAUGUUUGAAACUUGCUCAAUUCGCGUCCCAUGCCGUCGACUAUCCAAAAACCGGAAGCCCUGUCAAAAUGCAAGAUCUACCACAAUUGCCUGGCAAAGAGAGGCCAGACUUCUUAGCUCGUGAGGGCGCAAACCUACAGGGCGAAGACUUUUACCAAAGCCAGAAACUGUUGGGCAAACUGUAUCGCCGAGUUCCCGUAAGCGAAUGGAUUCCUGUACCAUGGAACCGUGACUACUCUCCUUCUGAUGGAGGUGUCAUCCGAGACACACUGAUGCGCUUCAAUUUUCGCCAACUAGACUUACCUUCCCUUGAUACGCCAUCGGACGACCUUAUCGAAGAAAUGGGCUACUUGCUGGAGGAUUACUCUGAACAGCUCCUCGUCAUAGCCAAAACGCACACGAUUUCUAGGCACAAAGAUAUUUAUGUUUCGGAGGCAGAAUUGGUAAGCGGGACGAUCAUGGCAAACUGGUCAGAUCAUCGUAAAAGGAGAGAGGCUAUAGGGGCAAUGAAUCUUCAAACUCAAGUGCUUGCAAAGAAUAUCAGACAAGCGCUUCAGUGGAGCGAUCCUGACUCCUAUUAUGAUGACAAGGAAGGGUACGAAGAGGACUACGAAGAAUACGACGAGGGUGAUUAUUACAGCAAAGCGGCGAGUCGAAACGAGUCGUUUAGACGUGCAUGGGCUGCAUGGCAAGUAGCGGAGGAAGCUUUGAAUGAAGACCCAGGGAUCUUUGGACCUCAGAGCUUUGGGCUGAUUGCUUUGACAAGGAUGUUGGACAUCAUAAAGGAGGCGCAGGAAUAUUAAUGGUAAUGGUAAUGGCGGGAAUCGCCCACACGUAUUGAUGCUGAUCAACGACUCGAUUCGGAAUGUGAUAUAUUCAAAGGCCUCACUUAUAUUUUGUAAAACACCUCCAGGGCCAAUUAGGCUGUACCAUACAUGUUUGUAUUCUUGUGCGACCGACAUAAAAGGUGCUAUAUCGACUAUCGU